CCUACAUCCCAUCCCCAGCCAGCGCGAAGACAUGGACGAAUACUUCUGCUCGCUCUGCGGGGGCCCCUUCUACGCACCCGAGCGGACGAAAGCGGGUCCUGACGACCCCGACAAGGAAGCCCAGACGCUCGUUGAGGGCGACGACGAUUUCGAGCACCACUAUGACGGGAAGAAGGUGUCCAAGGAGGAGUUGCUAUGGUUACGCCGUCUGCGGGUUAUAGCCCGUUAUAACGAUGAACGCGAGGACGGUAGGGUCUAUCCUGAGGGUAUGAGCGGAUGCGAAGGGUAUUGGAUCUCGGGGAUUGGAUACGAGUGCUCUCUGAAUGAGGCUACUGUGCCGUAUCUAUAUGAAGCCGCGCUUCCCGAGGAUCGUAAUCAGUAUGUAUUUGACGAAGAUCAAGUCGAGGCAAACCUCACUGUUUACGGAGAAUUCGGCAAUGGCGAGCCUCGCAAGAUGUGGUCGUAUCCUUUCCACGACGCUUGCUUUCAGAUCCUGGCAGCCGCGCUUGCAUUUAAGGAGGGUCAGUUGGACGAUUCCACCAGCAUACCCUGGAACGUGCUCCACCAUGUUUUCGGGACACAUUGUGAAGCCGAUUGUGGGGUAGACUUCGCCUUGCGGUUGGACUAUGAGCACAACUGUAUCGAGCAGUAUUGGACCACCCGUCGAGGGGACGAGCAAUAUGUAUCGGAUCCGGUGAAUAUUCGGGCGCUGCGCGAACUCCUUGCCAAUCCCCGUUCACUGGUACACAACACGUCGUCACCUUCGAAACUCUCCUCCGCACACACGAAGUUAGACACCUUCGCCCGCCUCCCACCGGAGUUGCUCUUCCAGCUAGUGUCCUACCUGCCGAACUCAGCGGUCGCAUCCCUCCGCCUCGCCUCCCGGUCCAUAGCGGCCCUGCCCCUCGAGACGUCUCAGACAUUCUGGCUGUCAAGGAUCGCACAUCUGCCUUACAUCGUCGACGCGGAUCUGGAAUGGACUGAGGGUAAAGGUGGGGAUUGGCGGGAGGUGUUUAAGACUUUGAAGGCGGCUGGGAGGGGCGAGGGCGAGUUGGCGGACGCGUUAGGGUUUGUGAACCGGAGGAGGAUUUGGAAGAUUUGUAUUGGUUUGGUUGAGGAGGCGGCCGCCUUGGUUGCGGGAGGCUUUAAGGAGGCGGAUAUAGAUGAAGGGGGCGAUGAGCACCCAGAGCAGGAUGACUCUGCAGGGGAGGAUGGAUCUGAAGGACACGACGAAACAGAGGGGGGCGAUGCAUCAUAAAAUACAGAGGAUUGCCUGUUUUUUUCUUCUCGCUUUCUGGGCUGAAUUCAUGGUCAUAGAUCGGUAUCACUGGAAUGGAUAUUUACUUCUGACUAUGGUUGGAGUUCCGUAUUCGCUUUCGGGUCUCCCGU